CUUCAACAUAACUUCAUACUGCAGAUAGGUAUGCCACGAAUGUGAAUGCUCGGUAGAACUUGAAAUGCAUUGGUUGAAGUCAGGCUGGUGUUGAUGAAGACAGGAUCUCAUCCAAACAACAACUGAACAAAACCAACUUUGACAAACUUAUCACUGAUAGCAAAACAUUUUAGGAGAUCAAAUAUUCCAAGAACCACGCAAUGGCAUAAGGUGCGGAGCAAGCGCAUGACCAACUUCUCUGUCAACUACACACAGGAGUGUUCCCUACGCAAGCGCGUUCACCACCCCUCAGCAAGUUAACUCGGUUCCAUCCCAUCGGUUUCACUGGAUUCGAGGAAUGAAACUUCCGGUGGUGUGUCAUGGCGGCAUGGCAGAAUAUGCUUGAAGUGAAAAAAUAACCAACCCCCACUGCCGUCCUUCGCUAGCUGGCGCUGGGUUUGUAGGUUGAACAUUAUCAAGAGCGGCUGCAUUUUACUUGGGAUCAGCACGACCGAUUCGGCCUGCCAUGGCGGCACACAAGCCCGUGGAAUGGGUCCAGGCCAUUAUAAAUAAAUUCGACGAGCAGCUUCCGAUCAAAACAGGACAACAGAGCACCCAUUCCAAAGUCAACAUAGAGCACAACAAGGAAUGCCUUAUCAACAUCUCCAAGUACAAGUUCUCCCUCGUCAUCAGUGGCCUAACUAAUAUGUUAAAAAAUGUGAAUAAUAUGCGGAUCUUUGGAGAAACGGCGGAGAAGAACCUUUACCUCUCUCAGCUCAUCAUCUUGGACACGCUGGAGAAGUGCCUGGCAGGGCAAUCGAAAGACUGCCUGCGUCUGGAUGAGGCAAUGCUGGUGAAACAGCUGCUGCCAGAGAUCUGCCACUUCAUUCACACGUACCGAGAGGGCCACCUACACGCCGCCGACCUGCGGGCCUCCGCCUCCGGGGUCCUCUUCUCCCUCAGCUGCAACAACUUCAAUGCCGUCUUCAGCCGCAUCUCCACCAGAAUGCAGGAACUCACUGUAUGCUCAGAAGACACUGUGGAUGUCCAUGACAUCGAACUCAUUCAGUACAUCAAUGUGGACUGUGCUAAGCUAAAAAGACUGCUGCAAGAGACUGUAUUCAAAUUCAAGACUUUGAAGAAACCUGCCCAACUUUCCGUCAUCAACAGUUUAGAGAAGGCCUUCUGGAACUGGGUGGAGUAUUAUCCAGAUGAGUUCACCAUGCUGUAUCAGCGGCCACAGACAGACAUGGCAGACUGCGCAGAGAAGCUUUUUGACCUGGUGGACAGUUUUGCGGAGAGUGCCAAGCGAAAGGCUGCCGUGUGGCCUCUCCAGAUCAUCCUCCUGAUCCUCUGCCCCGAGAUCACACAGAGCAUCACCAAAGAGGUGGUGGAUGAAAGCAAGGCCAACAAGAAGCUGUUCCUAGAUAACUUGCGGAAGGCCUUGACAGGCCAUGGUGGCAGUAAACAGCUGACAGAGAGUGCGGCCAUUGCCUGUGUGAAGCUCUGCAAAGCCUCCACCUACAUCAACUGGGAGGACAAUUCUGUCAUCUUCCUCCUGGUGCAAUCGAUAGUCGUGGACCUCAAGGCCUUGCUCUUUAACCCAGCCAAGCCCUUCUCCCGGGGGACAGGUAAUCAGAGUGCAGAUGUGGAUCUCAUGAUUGACUGCUUUGUCUCCUGCUUCCGCAUAAACCCCCACAACAACCAGCACUUCAAGGUCUGCCUAGCUGCUUCCGCUCCUCAGACCUUCCACUAUGUCCUGGUGAACUCUUUGCACAGAAUCAUCACCAAUUCUCAUCUGGACUGGUGGCCUAAGAUCGACACGGUGUACUGCUACUCUGUAGAGCUGCGCACCAUGUUCGCAGACACACUGGCCAGAGUGAUCCAGGGGGCCAGUGCUCAUGCUCCUUUACGUAUGACAACGAGCCAAACAUUCAAAGAGAAGAUGACGACGAGCCUUAAGUUCAAAGACAAGUCCACAGACCUCGACUCUCGCUGUCUGCUGCUGGCGCUGGUCAAGCUUAUCCAUGCGGACCCCAAACUCAUGCUGCAUAACCCUGGGAAGCAUGGCCAGGAGAUCCAGAUCAGCACGGCGGACCUGAUCAUUGGGCUGGUGCAGCUGGUUCCCUACACCAACUCCGCGGAGAUCUCCCCAGAGGCCAUGGAGGCAUUGUUGGUCUUACACCAGCCCGAAACUAUUGAUUUGUGGAAUCCUGACGCCCCCAUCGAGGCAUUCUGGGAUAUCAGCUCCCAGAUUCUCUACUCCAUCUGUAAAAAGCUCAUUGGUCACCAAAUGAUCAACAGCACCGAAAUCCUCAAGUGGCUACGGGAGAUUCUCAUCUGCAGAAACAAGUUCCUGCUGAAGACCAAGGAGAGUGCGACUGUAGGCAGCGGUAUCUCCACGUGUAAGGAGGCGCAGACCAAGCUGGAGGUGAGCCUCUACAUGUUCCUCUGGAGCCCAGACAUGGAGGCGGUGCUGGUGGCCAUGUCGUGUUUCCGCCACCUGUGCGAGGAGGCCGACAUCCGCUGCUGUGUGGACGAGGUGCCUGUGCAGACGGUGCUGCCCAACUACCACACCUUCAUGGAGUUCGCCUCGGUCAGCAACAUGAUGGCCACAGGCCGUUCUGCCCUGCAGAAAAGAGUUAUGGCUCUGCUCCGGAGAAUAGAACACCCCACCGCUGGCAAUACUGAGGCUUGGGAGGAUACCCAUACAAAAUGGGAACAAGCAACAAAGCAUAUUCUCAAUCAUCCUAAAAACAAGGUUGAAGAUGGACAGGAGUGGAUCAACAUGACCGGCUUCCUGUGUGCCUUGGGUGGGGUGUGCCUCCAGCAGCGCAACACCCCUCCCCCCAGCACCUACAGCCCCCCGAUGGGGCCCUUGAGCGAGCGCAAGAGCUCCAUGAUCUCGGUGGGCUCCUGCGAGGUGAGCACCGAGACGUCGCUGGGCCGCUUCCUGGACCGGCUGCUCUCGCUGAUGGUGUGCAACCACGAGAGGGUGGGCCUGCAGAUCCGCAACAACAUCAAGGACCUGGUGGGCCUGGAUCUGAGCCCCGCCCUCUACCCCAUGCUCUUCAACAAGCUCAAGAACAGCAUCGGCAGGUUCUUCGAGACGCAAGGGCCGGUCCCCAUUAAUGACACUAACACUCAGUUUGUGGAGCAGACCAUCGCCAUCCUGAAGAACCUUCUGGAUAGCCACACGGAGGGUAGCUCAGAACACUUGGGCAUGGCCAGCAUAGAGACCAUGAUGCUCAACCUAGUCAGGUACGUGCGUAUACUGGGGAAUAUGGUCCAUGCCAUCCAGAUCAAGACCAAGCUCUGCCAGCUGGUGGAAGUGAUGAUGGAGAGGAGGGAUGACCUGUCCUUCUGCCAGGAGAUGAAGUUCAGAAACAAGAUGGUGGAGUACCUAACAGACUGGGUGAUGGGUACCUCCAAUCAAGCUGCAGAUGAUGACAUCAAGUGUCUGACACGGGACCUGGACCAAGCCAGUAUGGAGGCAGUGGUGUCGCUGCUAGCAGGACUUCCCCUGCAGCCAGAAGAGGGAGAUGGGGUGGAGCUGAUGGAGGCCAAAUCCCAGCUCUUUCUCAAAUACUUCACUCUGUUCAUGAACCUGUUGAACGACUGCAGUGAGGUGGAAGACGACGGUCAGCAGGUGGCGGGGAGGAAGCGUGGCAUGUCUCGCCGCCUGGCAUCGCUACGUCACUGUACCGUCCUUGCCAUGUCCAAUCUGCUCAAUGCAAAUGUGGACAGCGGGCUCAUGCACUCCAUUGGCCUGGGCUACCAUAAGGACUUGCAGACACGUGCCACCUUCAUGGAAGUCCUGACCAAGAUCCUGCAGCAGGGUACGGAGUUUGACACGCUGGCGGAGACUGUUCUGGCUGACCGAUUUGAGCGGCUGGUGGAACUCGUUACCAUGAUGGGCGAUCAAGGGGAGCUACCCAUCGCCAUGGCACUGGCCAACGUGGUGCCUUGUUCCCAGUGGGAUGAGUUGGCUCGGGUGCUGGUGACGCUGUUUGACUCCAGGCACCUACUGUACCAGCUGCUGUGGAACAUGUUCUCUAAGGAAGUAGAGCUGGCCGACUCCAUGCAAACACUCUUCAGGGGGAACAGCCUGGCGAGUAAAAUCAUGACCUUCUGUUUUAAGGUAUAUGGAGCAACAUAUCUACAGAAGCUUCUAGAACCUCUCCUCCGAGGGGUGAUCACCACACCAGAGUGGCAGCAGAUAAGCUUUGAGGUGGAUCCCACCAGACUAGAACAGAUGGAGAACCUCGAGGAGAACCAGAAGAACCUGCUGCAGAUAACAGACCGCUUCUUCCUGGCCAUCAUCAACUCAUCCAGCGAGUUUCCUCCCCAGCUGCGCAGUGUCUGCCACUGCCUCUACCAGGCUACUUGCCACUCUCUACUGAAUAAAGCCAGAGUUAAAGAGAAAAAGGAAAACAAAAAAUCAGUGGUGAGCCAGCGCUUCCCUCAGAACAGCAUCGGUGCCGUGGGUAGCGCCAUGUUCCUCCGCUUUAUUAACCCUGCCAUCGUGUCCCCUUAUGAGGCCGGCAUUCUGGAUAAAAAACCUCCACCCAGGAUAGAACGGGGGCUCAAGCUGAUGUCUAAGAUUCUGCAGAGCAUCGCCAAUCAUGUCCUAUUCACCAAAGAAGAGCACAUGAGACCGUUCAAUGACUUUGUGAAGAGCAACUUCGACGCAGCUAGACGGUUUUUCCUGGACAUCGCCUCAGACUCGCCCCCCAGCGACUCCAUCAAUCACAGCCUCUCCUUCAUCAGUGAUGGGAAUGUCCUUGCCUUGCACCGCCUCUUGUGGAACAAUCAGGAGCGGAUUGGCCAAUACCUAUCAAGCAGCAGAGAUCACAAAGCUGUUGGUCGGAGGCCCUUCGACAAAAUGGCGACUCUCCUGGCUUACUUGGGCCCUCCAGAACAUAAGCCGGUGGCUGACACUCACUGGUCCAGCCUUAACCUCACUAGCUCCAAGUUUGAGGAGUUCAUGACCAGGCACCAAGUGCAUGAAAAGGAGGAGUUCAAAGCCCUGAAGACCCUCAACAUCUUCUACCAAGCUGGCACCUCAAAGACUGGGAACCCAGUGUUCUACUAUGUGGCACGGAGGUUCAAAACGGGCCAGAUCAACGGCGACCUCCUCAUCUACCAUGUGCUGCUGACCUUAAAGCCCUACUACGCCAAGCCCUACGAGAUCGUGGUGGACCUGACUCACGUAGGCCCCAGCAAUCGCUUCAAGACUGACUUCCUCUCCAAGUGGUUUGUGGUCUUCCCCAACUUUGCCUACGAGAACGUGGCCGCCGUGUUUGUGUAUAACUGCAACACGUGGGUGCGCGAGUACACCAAGUACCACGAGCGCCUGCUCACCGGGCUGAAGGGCAGCAAGAAGCUGCUGUUCAUCGACACGCCCGCCCGGCUGGCCGAGCACAUCGAGCCUGACCAGCAGAAGCUGCCGGCCGCCACCCUCACCUUGGAGGAGGACCUGAAGGUGUUCCACAAUGCUCUCAAGCUGGCUCACAAGGACACCAAAGUGUCCAUCAAGGUGGGCUCCACGGCGGUGCAGGUGACGUCUGCGGAGCGGACCCGCGUCCUGGGCCAGUCGGUGUUCCUCAACGACAUCUACUAUGCCUCGGAGGUGGAGGAGAUCUGCCUGGUGGACGAGAGCCAGUUCACGCUGACCAUCGCCAACCAGGGCACGCCGCUCACCUUCAUGCACCAGGAGUGCGAGGCCAUCGUGCAGUGCAUCAUCCACAUCCGCACGCGCUGGGAGCUCUCGCAGCCCGACUCCAUCCCACAGCACACCAAGAUCCGGCCCAAAGACGUGCCGGGAACGCUGCUAAACAUCGCCCUGCUCAAUUUGGGGAGUUCCGACCCCAGCCUCAGGUCAGCUGCCUACAACCUCCUCUGUGCCUUAACCUGUACGUUUAACCUGAAGAUUGAGGGCCAGCUCCUGGAGACGUCGGGGCUCUGCAUCCCGGCUAACAACACGCUCUUCAUCGUGUCCAUCAGCAAGACUCUGGCUGCCAAUGAGCCUCACCUCACCCUGGAGUUCCUGGAGGAGUGCAUCUCCGGCUUUAGCAAGUCCAGCAUCGAGCUGAAGCACCUGUGUCUGGAGUACAUGACCCCCUGGCUGCAGAACCUGGUGCGCUUCUGCAAGCACAGCGACGACGCCAAGCGACAGCGGGUCUCCGCCAUCCUGGACAAGCUCAUCACCAUGACCAUCAACGAGAAGCAGAUGUACCCCUCCAUCCAGGCCAAGAUCUGGGGCAGCUUGGGCCAGAUCACAGACCUGCUGGACGUGGUGCUGGACAGCUUCAUAAAGACCAGCGCCACAGGAGGCCUGGGCUCCAUCAAGGCGGAGGUGAUGGCCGACACCGCCGUGGCUCUGGCGUCUGGGAACGUCAAGCUGGUGUCUAGCAAGGUGAUCGGCCGCAUGUGCAAGAUCAUCGACAAGACCUGCCUGUCUCCGACGCCCACGCUGGAGCAGCACCUGAUGUGGGACGACAUCGCCAUCCUGGCGCGCUACAUGCUCAUGCUCUCCUUCAACAACUCGCUGGACGUGGCGGCGCACCUGCCCUACCUGUUCCACGUGGUGACGCUGCUGGUGGCCACCGGCCCGCUCUCGCUCCGCGCCUCCACCCACGGCCUCGUCAUCAACAUCAUCCACUCGCUCUGCACCUGCUCUCAGCUCAGCUUCAGCGAGGAGACCAAGCAGGUUCUUCGCUUGAGUUUGACUGAGUUCUCGUUGCCCAAGUUCUACCUGCUUUUUGGCAUCAGCAAGGUGAAAUCAGCCGCUGUCAUCGCUUUCCGCUCCAGCUACCGCGACCGGUCUUUCUCCCCAGGGUCGUACGAGCGCGAGACCUUUGCCCUGUCUUCACUGGAGACAGUCACUGAGGCGCUGCUGGAGAUCAUGGAGGCCUGUAUGAGAGACAUCCCAGGCUGCAAGUGGCUGGAUCAGUGGACUGAACUGGCUCAAAAGUUUGCGUUUCAGUAUAACCCGUCUCUGCAGCCGCGGGCGUUGGUGGUGUUUGGCUGCAUCAGUAAGCGUGUGAGUCACGGCCAGAUCAAGCAGAUCAUCCGCAUCCUCAGCAAGGCCAGUCCCCUGCUCAGUAUCGAUCGAGGCCUGGAGUGCUGUUUAAAGGGCUCAGAUAAUUACAACAGUCAGGUUCUCAUUGAGGCCACAGUCAUCGCUCUGACCAAGCUGCAGCCACUGCUGCCUAAGGACUCUCCCAUGCACAAGGCUCUGUUCUGGGUGGCGGUGGCUGUGCUGCAGCUGGACGAGGUGAGCCUGUACUCAGCAGGCACUGCACUCCUGGAGCAGAACCUGCACACCCUCGACAGCCUCCGGGUAUUUAAUGAGAAGAGUCCUGAGGAAGUCUUCAUGGAGAUUCGCAAGCCCCUGGAGUGGCAUUGCAAGCAGAUGGAUCACUUUGUGGGCCUCAACUUCACCUCCAACUUCAACUUUGCUCUCGUGGGGCACUUACUAAAAGGCUACAGACACCCCUCCUCCGCCACAGUGGCACGGACUGUGCGCAUCCUCCACACACUACUGGGACUCGUGGCCAAGCACAUGGGCUGUGACAAGUUUGAAGUGAACACUCAGAGCGUGGCGUACCUCGCAGCUCUCCUCACCGUCUCAGAGGAGGUGCGCAGCCGCUGCAGUCUCAAGCACAGGAAGUCGCUGCUAAUCGCCGAUGUUACCAUGGAGAACGUUUCCAUGGACACAUUCUCUGUUUACCACAGCGACCCAGGCUGCAGCUGUGACUGUGUGAAGUUUUCUGAUGCUCAUUCUAGGACUACGUGGAAGGCCAACAUGUAUGACAAUAAAAGGACCCUGAGGGAGCACCAGCCCUGGACAUCUCCUAAAGUGACCGAGCGCUACCUGGCAGCACACUACCCUAUUGUUGGCCAGAUCAGCCCUCGGACACGCAAGUCCAUGAGCCUGGACAUGGGACAACCCUCACAGGCCAACACCAAGAAGCUACUAGGCACCAGGAAGAGCUUUGAUCACUUGAUAUCGGACUCCAAAGCACCAAAGAGGCCAGACAUUGAGUCAGGCAUGACCACUCCUCCGAAGAUGAGGAGGGUGGCUGAGAACGACUAUGAGAUAGGUGAGCACAGAGAGACCCAAAGAAUAGCCAACUCCCACCUCCGCAAGGUGUCUGUGUCGGAGUCAAAUGUGCUUCUGGAUGAGGAGGUGCUCCAAGACCCUAAGGUCCAGGCUCUCCUCGUCACUGUGCUGGCAACCUUGGUGAAGUACACCACGGAUGAAUUCCACCAGAGGAUUCUGUACGAGUACCUAGCUGAAGCCAGUGUGGUCUUCCCAAAAGUGUUCCCAGUUGUACACACGCUCCUGGACUCCAAGAUCAACAACCUGCUGUCCAUGUGCCAGGAUCCAAACCUGCUGAACCCCGUGCAUGGCAUAGUCCAGAGUGUGGUGUUCCACGAGGAGUCGCCCCCGCAGUACCAGCCCCUAUACCUCCAGAGUUUUGGCUUCAAUGGGCUUUGGAGGUUCGCUGGGCCCUUCACAAAGCAAACCCAGAUCCCAGACUAUGCAGAGCUGGUAGUGAAGUUCCUGGACGCUCUGAUUGACGCCUACCUGCCGGGCAUCGAGGAGGAGGCCAGCGAGGAGUCUCUGCGCACACCCACGUCUCCCUACCCGCCGCCCGGGCAGAGCCAACUCAGCAUCACCGCCAACCUCAACCUGUCCAAUUCCAUGACCUCGCUGGCCACCUCACAGCACUCACCAGGUAUCGAUAAGGAGAACGUGGAGCUGUCGCCCACCACGGGCCACGCCAACAGCGGCCGCACGCGUCACGGCUCGGCCAGUCAAGUCCAGAAGCAGCGUAGCGCCGGGAGCUUCAAAAGGCCCAGCAUUAAGAAGAUCGUCUGAUCGACGCCCCGAGAUCAGCCCCCCUGGAAACGGGCCAGAGAGGGGUGGAGCGCGCCCUGCAGCUCGUCCCCUUCUUCCCCUCAGCCCCAAGUGCUUCCUCUUUCCAUGUCUCCGCUCCAGUUUUUUAAGCAUCCCUCUGUUUUAAAACUCUUGUCCUUUUUUUACCAAGCGCCGUUUGAAAAUCCGAAAAACUCUCAGCCAUUUCGUUUUUUUUGACUUUGUUGAUCCAUUCACACAAACAUGGACAGCAAAAAAUAUGGAAAGUUGCUGACAGGAGAUAAAAACUCAAGCAGAGUGUAGGGAGACCCCUUGAAGCAACAGUUUUGUGCUAAAAAGGCAAAGCAAAGGCACUGGGGCACACAGGGCACGUCGUCGAGGGUGGAGGACAGGUGGGCUCAAAGUUGCACAUUUGAGUUCUGGUUCAACAGAUUGUGGCCUUUUGUGUUUUGUUUUUUUUUCCCAUGGAGAACUGUCAGCCCUUCGUUUUGGAUUUGAAGGAACUCCGCUCGAGUUUCCCUCAAGUCGUGAAUAUCCUGAGGUUACCUUACGGUAAAGGUGGGCAGACCUCUCACAGGCCACCUGAUUCAGGCAACCACAACAAAGCAUUGCAUACGAAAAACAAACGUGACAUUUAGCUCUUCAGUUGGACCGCGGAUGUUACAGCUGACAGAGUGACCGUUGCAUCAAGGAAUUCCCCUUUUCCCCCUAAUUCUCCUUGAGCCUUGGAGAAAGAAGGCACUAUGUCUCCUACAGAAGGCAGUGGUGAACCAAACAUGGCUGUCCAUUAUUUCUGAACUGUUGUGUUCGUUAUGGAGUGAGUUUGGCGAGAGGUGAAUCCAAGAAUAUCCUGUUUAGGGAAACCGAUAUCCACAGUCUUGAAAACCUGGCGAGGAUUGGGGACAUUAUACUAAUCUUACCCAGAUGUACAUAUUAAAGUCAUACAAAGUUAUAUAUGUAAAUAAUUACAGAUGACAAAAUUGCAAGACCGCUCACACAUAUUGGGUUGUUGUUUUAUUCAUGGUGUGCCUUCAUCAGGGUUUUCAGAUGUCCCUAGUUUGACAAGAGAGGAGAAAAUGAAGUAAAACCUUGCUGAGGAAGGGAAGUGCAGGUACUAAUUACUAGAGAUUUUUUUCUUUUUCAGUUUUGUUGCCCAGAUAGCUCGAGUGCUGCAUUGUAAAACAGUACAGUAUUCUAUGAUCGACAGAAAUAUUACAAGCAUCAUUACUCUGCCUGAACAAGUAUUUAUCCUUCAAAGGGACUCCUUUCGAGUAAGGAUGGGGGUCACGCUUUUUAGUUUCUUUUCAUUUUAUGCGUUGUUCAUCCACUGACACCCAUAGCAAGACACUAAAAAAAAUAUAUAUAGAUCAAUGCAAAAAAAUGUAAAUAGUGGGAAAGGCUUUACUUUAUGAGUGAGGAAUGAGUUGAUUUGUUUACAGUCUGGUGGUAUGACCAGGAAAUCAGCGUAAUAUGCAAAAGAAAACACCAAAAUAAGUAAGGAAUGAGAACUUUGAGUUUUUCUCUCCCCCCAAUACAGGAACAAUCAAACCAAUUACUGGAUAGAAGUUAACAGUAUCAGAGUCAAGGAAGUUCCUUUGCGCCCCAGUGAUAAGAAAAACAAAGUUUUCAUCUGUGUCUAGCAGCAACAGAAAAAAACGACUCUCCUUUGUUCUUUGUGAGUCUAGAUCUGUUGCCAUGACAGCGCCCUGAUACUGUAAGUUCACCCUCACUUCAGCCAGUCUCCAAGUAGGAAAUGUUUUAUCCCAGUAAAGGACUUUAUGUAACUGAGGUUUUGACUGAGAUGUAAUCGAACGCAAAUCCUGAAUGCAUGGCAGCAAACCUAGUGACACUGCACCAAAGACUAUCUUGCACUAUGGCAAAUGAUCUUUUAGUUUGCGCUUACAUGACUGGUCUCAGUGGAUAAACAAGGAAAGGCUUGUAACAAGUAACCACUGCAGCCCUACAGAACGUGUGGAUAUGUGUGAAAUCGUCUCUGCCAUUGUUUAUUUUCUUUUAUUAUUAUUAUUAUUAUUAUUAUUAUUAUUAUUAUUAUUUUCUUGAGCUUUGAGUGUUUGCUUGUUGGUCCACACCAUUACUGACAUCCAGUGAUGUUGCAAAUGUGCUAAAAAUCAUGGGAUUGUGCCAUGUUAGUUUCUAUGAAAAGGGAGACUGCUAGGCAAUCAAGAAGAAAAGUUAGAGGAUCGUGUGACAUGGCCCCGCUUCAUAUUAUGUUUUAAAUUAUGUAGACAUGGUCUUCAUCAAAUCAAAGGGAAACUAAAAGGAUGGAAUAUACAAGCAUCAGGACAAACUUGGCCUGACCUAUUUAAAGAUGAAACCAAAGUUCAUACAAAAUACCUAAAAAGUACUAAAAAAAACUCAUAAGCUAUCUCUGACCACUAUAAUUUGAAGCAUGCUCCCUUUAAGUUUGAUUUAUCGAUUGCAUUGAGAAUCAAGGGUAUCCUCUUUCUGUCUGGGAAAAAUAGGGACCAAAUUGAACACACAAGAACAUUUUUCCACAUGUUUUACUAUAAAUUGUAUUACCUCUGUAUCUACAAUUUGUUUUGAAGUAGCCUGUGUGGUAUGUGAAAGGGGCGUCAUUAAGAUGUCCAUUUUAAAACCAUUUGCUGCAAGUGAACUAACGCCACAUGAAGGCCAUGUGCGUCUAUCCUGGUAAUAUUUUAAUGACCUGCUUUGAUUUAUGGUACAGUAAUUUAAAUCAUGUUUUAUUCUGCACUUAUUUGCCUCUUCAUCCAACCAGAGGCAUCUUUAAAACUUGCUAUAGAUCCUCAUUUUGAGCCCUGAGAUAGAGCACAUGUCUUAUUAACAAACCGAAUUAAACCAAAAGUGCUAUUAGCAGAGGACAGGUUCCCCCGUGGCUUCCCCAGAUUCAUCAGAGUACAUAUGGAUGUGUUUACCUGAUAUCCAUCUGAUCAGGAUGAUGUGAACAUCUGUCAAAAGAGCUCUAAUUUAUUGAAAGCUGUAGCAUUUAUGAACAGGUGUAGCUUGUUAAACACUAAAUCCAUGGGCUGUAGUCUUUGAAGGACAAAAAAAAAAAACAUUACUAAUUGUUUCCCCAAUACUGGUUUGUACAUGCAAAAGCCUGACGUUAAAUUGUGCCAAAAUUGAUGUCCAAGUAGGUGGUAAUUGCAUGUGAUUUUUUUUUGUUUUUGUUUGUUUGUUUUGUUUUAUUGCUUAUUUCUUUGUUUCUGUUUGUUUUUAUAGAAAUGCCCCUGUUAAUCAGUGUUUAAAUUGCACCGAAUACUUUAUAAGGUGAGAAAGAUAUAUGGUACUGUUACCAAGAGUGCUUUUAUAAGACAAAAAAGGUACAGAUAGAAUGUGAAUAGGAGAGCCCUCCACCUUUUAAAUAUACAUAGCUUAGGGUUCAGAGCAUAUGUCAUCAAUCUCCACUGAAGUGUUUUUCCAGUCAAAUACAAGGCAUGUUUCAUUUGAUUAUAUGCAAGGCUAAACCUUUGUCUAGCACAUUGGCCACAGUUGCAGAGGAAAAACAAGUCUGUACUUUUUGCCUUUGUAAAUAUUUUGUGUAAAAAUGGAAAAAGGUAUAUUUACUACUGUGUAAAUACAUGUCUUAUUGUAUUAUUUACUUUUUGUAAAGCCGUUAGUUGCUGUAGAUGUAACAUGCAAAUUUAAUUAUUCCAGUGUUCGUAAUAAAAGUUUCCCUUCUAAAA